AUGAGGAAAAUGACCUCAAACAUCCCCCAAGACAAUGAUGGUCAACCGUCACGAAUGUCAACGAGACAAACCACCGCUGCAGCUACGACCGCUGCACCCACCGAUGACAUACCGGAUCGAAUGGCAAACCUCGAGAUCCAGAUGCAAGAGAUCAAGGAAAUGAUAGCCAACCUAGCGGCAACCCAGACCAGAAUACCGUCCACGCCACAGGUGGACACCGUCGAAGUUGAGGAGCGACGAACUUCCCCUAUACGAAACACCCCCGAGACAGUUCAGUUGCCGCCUCUUCGAAACACUCGUUCUCCAUCGAUUCCGAGGAUGUAUUCCGAAGACCCUCCGAAUCGCUACAAGAAAUCCACCAUCUCUGAGAAGAUUACGCCGCUCAGCGAUGGGAUAGAACAUACCUUUAUGCAAUGGAGCGCGUCCAUUCGGGACCGCCUCGUAGUCAAUGAGGAUCACUACCCUACCGACGUCUCGAGAAGAGCGUUGAUAUGGGGGACUACGACUGGCCUGGCAAAGAAAUACCUCGAACCCCAAUACCUAUCCGCGACACAUGGUUUCGAGUGCCGACGAGAUGAUGGACCUGCCCGGAACCUCUUCGACGACCUCCAAAUGGGAGAGAAAGGACAUACCAACGAGACUUUCUCAGAGUUCAAAGCUCGCUUCCAAAGUGCAGCUAUUACGGGACAGGUCACAGAGUCGGAAUGGUGUCGGUACAUGUGGAACAAGUUGACCCCUCAAUUCCGUAGCCGCGUAGCGGUUAUCAAAAGUCAAUGGAAGGGAGACUACCACACUAUGGUCCGAGAACUCACCGCCUUCGAUCAGGAGCGACGCCGGAACAACGAGCUAAGCUUCCCGUCCAAGAGCGGCGAGUCGAGCUCCCGAGGACCCGCUCGUCUGAGCUCAUCUAGAACCCAACCGCCGAGGCCUACAAGAAGCCCUCUGGUCUCCUUCCAGAGGACUCCUUUUACGCCCACGGCCCCCAAGCCGGACAUUACAGGCCGCGUGCGGACCGCCGUGCCGGCUACGUCCGGGAACUGUUUCAAGUGCGGCAAGCCGGGCCAUUUCCAAGACAAAUGCCCGCUCAACCCCACCGUCAAGGAGAUUGACCGCGAAGCCCCUGAGGACGAAGAGCAGUGGGAGGAAGCAGUCGCCCACCAGUCGGAUGCGUCCCUGGAGGAAAACGACGAGGCCUAG